GCGACAUGGUCAGCCAUGACUCCGUCGCAUGCGGCUCCUCGCUUGUCUCCACCGUCGCUACCUCAUUGUCAGCUCGCCACUCGUCAGCUCCCUCCGCUCCUUCCGCCUCCACACCUGCGCGCUUUCAUUGCCACUGACCACCACCCAUACUCCUGGUCCGAACCACCUACAUCGUCGUUGGCGAACCGUCCAUCCGUCCGAGCAUCUGUCUCCUUUCGCGGAGCUCGAGCAGGUUCGGUUCCGUCCGUCCCGCCCUCGGCGACGGGUUGCUCCGCGAGCGCCGGUGCUCCUUGGAGCAGGAGUGGCGGGAGAAUGGAUAACGGUCAUCAGCAAUCUGUUGCUUCCUCGCCAGCUGAUUCCGUUUCUGCGUUACGGUCUCCACUCUUGGCGAAGUCGAAGCAGCCGCAACAUCCACAAGCGUGUCAAUUGCUCGAGCGGCAUGCAGUGCAGCACCGGAAUAACCCCUGUCAGAACCAGGAACAGCAGCAGUACGGCGUGAAUUCCGAGGAGCAGGCCAGUCUGAAGGCCAAGCCUCACCAAGCAACCAGUUCUGGAAAGAACACAGAGAGCACGGAGAGCACGGAGAGCGCGGAUGUGAAGAAGCUAGGAGCGGCGGAAGAGAAGCUGGUGGUGGAGGAGGUGGAGAUUCUGGAGUUCUCCAAUGACGACAUUGCAGGCCCCAUCAACCAAAAGCCAUUGACUGUGCCUCAGGAUGCGUCCUUGGACCUGGUUCACGAGGAUUUACUGCCUCCCGCCGCUCUCUCCAUGGACCUGCAACCCGAGCAACCCCAAUCUCAUGCAUCCGCCAAGGGAGAGCUCCUGACAAUCGCCUCUCUAGAAUCCCUUCAAGAGGAGGCUGUCGGCAGCCCAGUGUCAGUCCUGCGGCGCCAAGGCACGUCGCCAGGCUCGGCAACUUCCGUCUGCAGCACGAAGCCUCUCGCAGCGGUCCAGUCGAGCAACAAUCUGCUCUCAGGCGAUACUCGCGACGACCUCCACUUGGGAGAAGCAGUGGGGUUGCCUGGGCGGGUGCUUCUGUACCCGGACUUUUACCAAGAGGACGGGGACGGAGAGGAUUUCAGCGGCGUAAUGGAGGAUGACGAGAUGUGGGCGUCGCUCGGCUCUCCCGAAGCUCCGCACGGCUGGCUUGCCGCUGCUUGCCUGGCCACCUGCUGGCCCAAGGCUCCCCGGUCUAAGAGGCGCCGGGUUUCCAUGGAGGUUUCUUGCGCUGAUGUGAAUGCAGUGUCUGCCUCCGUUGGUGCUGCUGCAAGCGAUGACAGCAAGGGCCAUGACGGGUCUGAGGUGUUCACUGUGGCUGAUUCUGCCAAUUCUGACGGCCUCCACGUGGCUGCGUCCGUGUCCGUGGUAUCUGGAUCAACCAUCUUUGCUUCUCCGUCUGCUUCUGCGUCCCUCUUCGCGUCCAGUAUCCCCAGAGCUCUCUCGUCUGACACCCUGUCAGCAGUCACUGCUCCGCAGUCGACUGCAUCUGCAGCAGCAGGAGCAACUUCCUGGGUCCAGCCGCGCACGGCGUUCCUGCAAGCCCUUCUAGAGGACGUGAGAAGGCCAAAGCGCAUUCGUGGCUCCACUGCUUUGGCUGGCUCUUUCCAGUUCGGAAUGAUGGAGGAGAGUCACGAUGGGGCAACCAGCGACUCCCCUGCUGCCCAUGCACGUGGGCUGGCUCGCACCCCUAAGAACAAGAGAGACGCUGCGACAGCGUUUGGUGGCACCACGGCUCUGGGCGUGCUUCUCUUGGUGCCUGGUUCGUCCAGCAGUGGGAGUCCUUACGCCUCGGAGUAUGCAGAGACGUGGAACUCACCCUCAGGUUCUGGCUCCCCUGGCUGGUCAGGGCCCAAGACCCUUUGCAAUGCGUGUGGCGUGCGGUUCAAGAAGGGGAAGCUGUGUCCUGAGUACCGGCCUGCCAACAGCCCGGAGUACGAGGAGAGCAAGCACUCGAACCAGCACCGCAAGAUACUGGCCAUGCGCAGCAACGUGACUGUUGCCACUAGCUGA